AGAGGCCCCGCGCCGCUCACGCCCCUUCCUUUCCAGCGCCGGCCCCGGACACAGCAACCGUCGCGAUGUUGAUGCCCAAGAAGAACCGGAUUGCCAUUUAUGAACUCCUUUUUAAGGAGGGGGUGAUGGUGGCCAAGAAGGAUGUCCACAUGCCCAAGCACCCGGAGCUGGCAGACAAGAAUGUGCCCAAUCUUCAUGUCAUGAAAGCCAUGCAGUCUCUCAAGUCACGAGGCUAUGUGAAGGAACAGUUUGCCUGGAGACAUUUCUACUGGUACCUCACCAACGAGGGCAUCCAGUAUCUCCGCGAUUACCUCCACCUGCCCCCUGAGAUCGUGCCCGCCACCCUGCGCCGCAGCCGUCCUGAGACUGGCCGGCCACGGCCCAAAGGUCUGGAGGGAGAGCGACCUGCAAGACUCACGCGAGGGGAAGCCGACAGAGACACCUACAGACGAAGCGCCGUGCCCCCUGGUGCCGACAAGAAAGCCGAGGCCGGAGCUGGGUCAGCAACUGAAUUCCAGUUUGUGCUACUUGUGAGCAGCAGUCGUCAUCCAGACCGGUGGAUCGUCCCUGGAGGGGGCAUGGAGCCCGAGGAGGAGCCGGGCGUGGCCGCAGUCCGUGAAGUCUGUGAGGAGGCUGGAGUAAAAGGGACAUUGGGAAGAUUAGUUGGAAUUUUUGAGAACCAGGAGAGGAAGCAUAGAACGUAUGUCUAUGUGCUCAUUGUCACAGAAGUGCUGGAAGACUGGGAAGACUCAGUCAGCAUUGGAAGGAAGCGGGAAUGGUUUAAAAUAGAAGAUGCCAUAAAAGUGCUGCAGUGUCACAAACCGGUGCAGGCGUCGUAUUUUGAAACGUUGAGGCAAGGCUACUCAGCCAACAACGGCACCCCGCUUGUGGCCCCCACAUACUCAGUAUCUGCUCAGAGCUCGAUGCCGGGCAUCAGAUGACUGAAGAUUCCCUGUAAGAGAAGUGAAAAUCGGAAACGAGACUGAAGUGCAGGUCUUCCCUCUCACCCUUGCUCUUUCACCUCUCCUCACAGGCCUCCUCUUUCAAAUAAGGCAUGAUGGGCAGCAGAGAAAGGGUUUAUUGAUAAUGUUGCUGUUUGGUGUUAAGUGAUGGGGCUUUUUCUUCUCUUUUUAUUGAGGGGGUGGGGGUUGGGUAUGUAAUUUGUAAGUACUUUUGUGCAUGAUCUGUCUCUCCCUUUUCACACCCCUUCAACUCUCUAAAGAGGCAAACAGCCUUCCCUCUGCCUUGGAUUCUGAAGUGUUCCUGUUUGUCUCAUCCCAGCCCUGGCCAGAUUUUUUUUUUUUUUUUAAAUUAAAAGAUAUCCAUUAUGAGAUGAAACCUUUCAAGAAUUUGUCCCAUGAUGUGCUGUUCAGUCCAGUAGGCUGGUCACUUUCACCGCAGGAUGCGUUUAUCUACACAUUAUAUACUGGACAUAUAAUAUGUAAAUAAAUGACUUUUAGAAGAGGCAUUUGUUUUAAUUUUUCAAGGUUUCAUUUUUCAAAUUCGGGGUGUUUCUGAAGUGGAGAGCCUCACAGUUCAUUUGCUUUUUUGUUUCUGAUGCUAGUGGCUAGGUGAGCUUCCCCGCCCUCCCCCUCCCCAGUUGCUGGUGUAGUUACAUAGGGUCCGGGAAGGGUUCAGCUCCUUCAGUCUCCCAGGACUCACGCCUUCUCUUCUCGAAGCUGUGUUUCCACGCCAAGAAAGAAACAGGAAGAAACCUAUUUUCUUUCUUAUUACCAAGCCAGGAGCAAAUGGCCUCAGCUCAGAUCUGGAGAAACAAUGCUAGAAAUUGAAUUCCUCCCUACAUGUUGACAAUAGGGAUUUGAACUGGAUUCUUGGAAUUACUAUCAAAAAAACUGGAGCGUCGAGCACUGUUUCUCUCCUGCUGGUUUGGAGUUUUUUCCAUAAUGCUACUUACCGCCGACAGCAGCCUGUCUCCCUGUGCGUCCAUGCCUUACACCGCGCGGAGCUCGACAUGGUCCUUGUGCCCGAAGCAUCCAGCUGUGCUUGGCAGGCGCAGCUGCACAGCCCUGUCCCAUUUUGGGUAACCAUGUUACGUUCCUGAAAAGUACACAGGAGGAAAAUUCAGAUGUUUGCUUGUCUUUGUAAUGUUAUAGCACUUGUAAUUGUACCAUGGAGCAUGCUCAGAAAUAUUAAAUUUAUCUCCCACCAGGAUGUGAAAGGUCCAUUGUCUGCUGAGAAGUGGUAUGGGAGAAUGCUUAAUCACUUACUAGAACGGCUACAUAAUGCAUUGGCUCACUGCAGACUGAUGGCUGGAUGCUGGCUUCAUUUGCCAGUUGUGUUGUUUAGCAGACAAAUGUGCAGAAAAGGGUCUAGAGACUGGGGGUGGAGCAGGGGGACCCUGAUCAACCCCUGGCUUUGGGACAGGAGUUUAUUGCUAAACUGUUAGUGGCAUCUCCUUUGUCAAAACACAGCUGAGAUGUGAAAUUAAAAU